AUGCUGAGGUUAUACUGCUCCACAUCUUCAGUGGCUAAAAAAGUGCCUCUCAGGUGCUUCAGUACCAGCAUACGAUUGCUGCAACAAGAUUAUAAGUCCAAAAAGAAUAUAAUUGGAAAUGAAAUUUCAGAUGACCCAAAAUAUGUAAAGGAACAACUAGAUAAUGUGGUUUCAAAUUUGAAUGAUCAACAAUUAUCAGAAGAAGAUGGAAAUUCAAUCACUAGAUCUAAAGUUGAUGAUGCAUUUAAAAGAAAAGAACAUACAACAAAUCAAUCUAGUAAUAACAAUAAGGAUGACAAGUCCCAUAGGGAAGAAAUUUAUUCAUCUGUUGAUAAUAUUUUACAAUCUGAUUUUUUUCAAAAAAUACAAAAAACCCAAGCUAUAGAUAGUAAAACUUUAAAAGAAAUUAUACCUGAAGAAGUUGAAAGAUUUGAUAAAAAAUUCAAAAGUCCAACUUUCCGUUGGAUGAAAAAAGUUCACCAAGAUCUAAGAGAUAAAUUUGAUGUUGAAAAAAUUGAUAACAUACCAUUUACUUCACUACUUGAAAAAUAUUAUGGUAAACCUAAGUUUUUCAUUAAAGCUACUGAAAUAUUUGAUACUUUAGAAGUAGGUGAUGCUGUUGAAUUUUCUAAAACCCUUGAUCAAUCAGUCAUGAGUGUCAUUGUACAACUACCUUCAAGAGAUGAUGAUCCAAGAUAUACAGUGAUGGAUCGUAAAGGUACUUUACAUUUUUGUGAAAAAUCAUCUUUUAAAUUAAGAAUUCCAAAAGUGAUUCCAAAAGAAUGGAUUAAUGGUAUUGUGGAAAGAACAAAUUUAGAAUCAUCAGGUUAUGGAAGUGUCAAAACAACUGUGGAUCAUCAAUAUGAACUUUAUGCUGUUAAUCCAUUAGCAAGAAGAACUAUAGUUGGUCCACUUUUACAAAUCACAAAUGAUGCUUGGGAUUGGCUUCCUGAUGUUUCACAACAACUAGAAGUCAUUCAUCGUUUAUGUCAAGGGAAUGGUCCUAAACAAAUCACAUUAUUUCAUCUUUAUCAUGCUGUGAGAAAAAUUCCUCUUAAAAACAUGAAGGGUGGUGCGAUAACUGGAGUAGAUUCCUAUCAGGCAUUAAAUAAAAGAGUUCAACAUCUUGGGUCUGAUUUUAAUAUCUUUGGAGACUCAGGAUUAGGGAAAAGUAUCAAUUCUUUGGACCCAGAAGCAGCAUACGAUGUCCCAUUGUUAUAUAGUAUAACUUUAGCAUUGAAAAAACAAAAUACACUUUGGUCAACAUCAUACACUUCAAGAAGUGCUAUGCUCCCCUUAUCUGUCACUGUCAAUCCAUUGGAAUACGUUCAUAGAGCUGAAUCUGCAAUUCAUUCAUUGAAAACUGAUUCAGAAUUAAGGGAAAGUUUUGCUGAUUAUAUUGAAAAAAGAGAUUUUACAAAUGUUCCAAAAGAAUUUGAGAAUAUAUUAUUUCUUUUAAAAGAAUAUUCUGUUGGUAAUAUCACAGAUCCUGUUUCAGAAAGUGUUAUUUGUCAAUUAACUAAAUUACCUGAAAAUCUACUAGAUUUAGAUGUUACUAAAACUAAAAUUUAUAAUUUAUUAAGUGAAAUUGGUUAUAUUGAUACAAAAUUAACAAAUCCUGUUCAUUUUUCAAAUAAUUUAUGUAUGCCAGGCAAAGAUGUUUCAUUACAAGCUGAUAGAGAACGAGAUUUUUAUGAACUGUCAGAUGAAACAUUAGACAAAGAUUUUGAUAUUUCAAAAGAUAUUAGAAAAGAUUUUGGUGAUAUGAAAGUUUAUUGUAUAGAUAGUGAAACUGCACAUGAAAUUGACGAUGGUGUUGCUAUUGAAAGAAUUGAUGAUAAAACUGCAAAUAUUCAUAUCCACAUUGCUGAUCCAGCUUCAUAUUUAUCACCAGAAAAUUCAAUUUCUAAAAUUGCAUUUGAAAGAGCUUUCACAACUUAUCAACCAGAAACUAUUUCAGCAAUGUUACCAAUGUCAUUAGUCAAUCUAUCAGGUUUAGGUAUUGAAGGUCAAAAGACAAGAGUUAUGACUUUUAGCGUUCCAUUUAAUUUUGAAACUGGUAAAGUUGAUUUAUCAAAAGCUGAAGUUCAACCAUCAUAUGUUUCAAGCUUCCCAAAAUAUACAUAUAACACUGUGGAUAAAACUUUGUUGAAAACUAAAUAUCAAGAUGCUUCAAGUUUGAAUGAUGAAGAACGUGAUUUAAAUGAUCUUUUCAAAAUUGCACAAAAAUUACGUGAAUCAAGAGUUGAACAAGGUGCUGUUAUCUUUGGUGAAUCAUUUGGUACUGAUGUUAAAGUUCUCCCUAAAAGUGAAAAUGAUGCAGAAUCUGAUUCAUUAUAUGUCGAUUCUUCAAUGGAUGAUUAUAAUAUCGUCUUUGGUAAACAAAAAUCAACUGAUUCUCAACUAUUAGUUUCUGAACUUAUGAUCUUAGCCAACACUAUUAGUGGUUCUGUUUUGAAAGAGAAUAGUUAUCCAGGUAUAUAUAAAGGUAUGAGAGAAACCAAAUCAACUGGUUCUGCUUCAGAAGUUAUCAAUAACAUGAAUAAGAUGAUUAAAGAAGGUUCAUUACCAAUGUUGAAAGAUAUUGCCAGAUCUAUCAAAUUCAUCGUUCCAGCCAUUUAUUCUCAUCAACCAAAUAGACAUUUAAUGCUUGCCUGUGAUACAUAUGCUCCAUCUACUUCACCAUUGAGAAGAUUUGGUGAUUUAGUUAACCAUUGGCAAUUCCAUAACAUGGCAAGAGCUAAACCAUCAAGAUUCACUGAAGCUGAAAUGUUUUAUAUGACUCUUCAUAUUGAAGUUAGAAAUGAUAUCUUGAAAUAUUCAAGCAGAAGAGCGGUUAGUUAUUAUUGUACUAAAUAUAUUAGUGAACAAAUUGAAAAGGGAAAUAGACUUGAUUUGAGUUUUUUCACUUGGUCAAGACCAAAUGGUCGUUAUGUUAGUGGUAUAAUUCCAGAAUUUGGUCUUUUCGCUAGAUUGAAACUUGAACGUGAUUCACGUCCUCCAAAAGUUGGUAGUGUUAUUAAAAAUUUUGAAAUUGAUUGUUUAGAUCCUAUUUCUGGUGAUAUUGAAUUGAAACAAAUUUAA